CAACAAUUCAUCAAAAUAUUUCUAGUAAUAGUACUUCCCUCACUACAAAGUUUGAAUAUUAUCGACUAUUAUAACAGUCGCGACUAUAUAAAAGAAAAUCAAUAAUUUCCUCGCAAUGAGUUAUAACUUGAUUUCAUGCUCUUCAGAUUCCAAUACGACAAAAAUUGAGAGAGAUCACUUACAAGAAACACAUGAAGGAAUAUUCCUACUUGCUUCUACGCGACCGAAAAAACGUGCUGGAAGGAAGAAGUUCAAGGAAACUCGCCACUCAAUUUAUAGGGGAGUGAGGAGGAGGAAUAAUAAUAAGUGGGUUUGUGAAGUACGUGAGCCUAGUGAACAAAAAAGAAUAUGGCUAGGGACUUACCCUACUCCAGAAAUGGCGGCUCGAGCUCAUGAUGUAGCUGCAUUAGCACUAAGGGGUAAACUUGCCACCUUGAAUUUCGUCGACUCUCAUUGGCGAUUACCAAUGCCAGUAUCUAAGGACCCUAAAGACAUACGCCGGGAAGCUAUAAAAGCGGCUCAAGCGUUUUGUGAGGAUACGGAAUUAGUUGGAGUCGAUUAUAUGAAUAAGAAAAUUAAUUCCAGUACUAUUGACGAAGUAAAGUAUCAAGAUAUUGAUGUUGUGAGGGCUAAUAAUGGAAGUAGUAGUGAUUUUGGUGCGAAUGAAUUGAAUAUGGAUAUGAAAAACAUUUUAUGUUAUAAUUGGGGAGAAGAUAACGAGACAUUAGAGAUGGAAGGAUGGCGAGAAAAGAUGGCAGAGGGGCUUUUGUAUUCACCAACUCCCCGUUUAGGUAGUAGUUUUAGUUGGGAUGAUGUGGAAAUUUGUGACGUCGAGAUGUCUUUGUGGAGUUAUAGUAUUUGAUAAUACGGAAUAUAGGAUUAAUUCGCGCAAGUAAAUUAACUAGUAUAUAGGAAUAAUUGGAUUUCGCUUUCACCAUCCAGUUAGUUACAAGCUAGGAGUAGCAUUUUACAAAAGAGAACUACAAUAAAAAAGAAAAUAAGGGAAUACUCAACAAAAUUGAUGUUGAAGUGUUCACAAUUUGCUCUAAAUCAGACCAAUUUUUGAUCGUCUUUACUUUCUUAAAUUUUCUGCUCUUAAUCAGACAAACAAAUUGUCUACCUUUGUCACUACUACUACCACCAUAAAACAUCACACUUUCAGUUCAAAGUUGACCUGUUGAAGAAGCUGGACCAUGACUACUUCUUUGGGCUUUGAAGUAGCCUAUAUGGGUCAGCCCAACUUAACAUAUUGAAAAAAUAAUAAGAAUGAAUCGUAUUCUUAAGCGUCGAGUUAUUUUUCUACAGGAUCCAAUAGAGUCUAACAACUAAAUUUCAAAAAAAUAAAUUAGUGUUGUUCUUCUACGUCUAGAACACCAUAAUAUCAAAUCAGAAUGAAGAAAGUAGGGGUGACAAAUUAAGUCCAUUUUGAUUCGUCCAAUUCAGUCCAUCUAAAAAUUGAAUUGAUAUAUAAUCCAAAUUGAUUCAUGAGAAGCCUUACCAAUAUAUAUUUUUGUUUGGUAUGUCAUAUGUAUUGAUAAUACGUAAUUUUCUGAGUUAUGUACUUAGACAAAUUAUAAGAAAACUAAUAAAGUAACAAAAAAACUUAGUAAAAAGUGGGUGGGUUGAAUCUUGACCCACUCUUUUGUAACGACCCAUUAUGUCGUUUUGAGAAAUAGAGCUUUUUAUUUCAUAAAAGAUUCAUUCCGUAUUUUUUUAUGAGUACUUUGGACUAUUCGAUAACCAUAGUUAUUUAGUUGAGGGUAAAUU